GCUCAAGAUUGGGCAGAAACUAGAAGAAUAACGUGGGACUUCUUCACUUCUUUGCAUGAUCUCAACUUCAAAACGAUUCCAGAUCAAGCGAUUCGGCAUGACUCAUCUCGACGCAAGUUGCCUCGGCCAUCUGACAAAGAAUGGGAGCUUCUCGCAACGUGGCUGCGCAAGCUCAAAGGGGGGAAUGGGUUUCUUGACAUGACAGGCAUAGAAGCAAUGACUUGGAAUUUGGCCAGCCAAGACGCUACCUUCAAUAUUGGGGAGUUAGCGGUCGAAACGCACAGGUUUACUCUAUUCAUGAACGGCAAAGUCGUUAACCUGUAUCACAGAGUGAUUGGACAACACAGGACGGCUAGCACCCGGUUUACACAAACCUCCCUCUGUACUCACAACGAGAAAAAGAUCUCGCGCUUCAGUGACAUCAUUCUUGCAACUCUGUCCGCUGCACUGCCAACUCUUGCAAUCCUCGUCUUGUACUUCGUGCAGAACAUGUUGCAUAGUAUAGGACUUGUCAUUAUCCUUACCAUGAUUUUCUCAUUCCUGUUUGCACUACUUACUAGGGCAAAGAUGGCUGAAAUCUUCGCGGCAGCGGCUGCCUUUGGGCUGUGGAGGUGUCUACAUUGGCAGCGUGGCUUCUAA